UCCUGGUUCCCCUUUUCCCUCACUGUUUUAAGAAAGCCCUGCUGACCUCCUUCCUUGUUGGGGUGGGACGAAAUCACAGCAGAAGCCAUAAUGCAAGGUGUCAGGUGGAGCCUCCCCCUUCACACUGUGGAGGGGACAGAAGGCCAGGCCAUCUGGAAUGGCCUGAGGAGCAGCUCUGGCCAGCUUGGGGAGCCAUCCCCACCUGACCCCCUCUCCAUCUACAGACACCUGACCUACGGGACAAAUCCCCACCAGUCUCCGCCGGCUGAGAAGCCCUGGGGGAGAUUAAACCCUGGCUGGGGGCUGGACAAGGACUUCUCCUCACCUCCGGAGCCAUGGACGCUGCGCUGCUCUUGAACGUGGAGGGGAUAAAGAAGACUAUUCUGCACGGGGGCACGGGGGACCUCCCAAAUUUCAUCACUGGAUCCCGAGUGACCUUUCACUUCCGCACCACAAAAUGCGACGAGGAGCGGACGGUGAUAGAUGACAGCAAGCAGGUGGGCCAGCCCAUGCACAUUAUCAUUGGAAAUAUGUUCAAGCUGGAGGUCUGGGAGAUCCUGCUGACGUCCAUGCGCAUCAGUGAGGUGGCCGAGUUCUGGUGUGACACCAUCCACACAGGGGUCUACCCCAUCCUGUCCAGGAGCCUGCGGCAGAUGGCAGAGGGUAAGGACCCCACUGCGUGGCACGUGCACACGUGCGGGCUGGCCAACAUGUUUGCCUACCACACGUUGGGCUACGAGGACCUGGACGAGCUGCAGAAGGAGCCACAGCCGCUGAUCUUCGUGAUUGAGCUGCUGCAGGUGGAGGCCCCGAGCGAGUACCAGAGGGAGACCUGGAACCUGAGCAAUGUGGAGAAGAUGCAGGCGGUGCCCAUCCUACACGGAGAAGGCAACCGGCUCUUCAAGCUGGGCCGCUAUGAGGAGGCUUCCGCCAAGUACCAGGAAGCCAUCGUCUGCCUGCGGAACCUGCAGACCAAGGAGAAGCCCUGGGAGGUGCAGUGGCUGAAGCUGGAAAAGAUGACCAACACCCUGAUCCUCAACUACUGCCAGUGCCUGCUGAAGAAGGAGGAGUACUACGAGGUGCUAGAGCACACCAGCGACAUCCUGCGGCACCACCCAGGCAUUGUGAAGGCCUACUACGUGCGCGCCCGGGCUCACGCGGAGGUGUGGAACGAGGCGGAGGCCAAGGCGGACCUCCAGAAAGUGCUGGAGCUGGAGCCGUCCAUGCGGAAGGCCGUGCGCAGGGAGCUGCAGCUGCUGGAGAGCCGCCUGGAGGAGAAGCGCGAGGAGGAGCGGCUGCGCUGUCGGAACAUGCUGGGCUAG